AUGAAUACACAUUGUGUUGCUUCUGUACUCCUCCUCUGCUUGACGUGCUGCUCCGAAGCUGCUGAGCAACUGCAGCCAAUGCCCCCAAAGAAGAAGUCGAGCAUAAAGAAGAAGAAGGAGGUGCUGCCAGAUCCCAAGACCAUUUCCAACGGCGAGUGCAACUACUACAUAGGCUCUUGGUCCUAUUACCAAAACAUCGACGCCGUCUCCGACAUUGCACGCAAGGUGGUGGAGCAGCACACAACUCCUGAUGAAGAAGUGGGAACUUUGCCGCGUACAAAUAUUCUCAUUCCAGCUUGCAGGCUCGGGGAUGCAAGUACCCACUAUGCCGCAGAAGUGGUCGACAACAUGUUUGUUGAGAGCGUGCCCCUUUCCUCUAUGAAAAGUGCGGAACAGCUAAAGAAGGAGCCGAACAUGGACGGAGAAGAGGCGCUAAAACCGGAGGAGGCCGUUUCAGCUCAGGAAGAUGCGGAUCCAGCUACUGCAGCAAAUGAGCCCAACGUUGGCGCCUCACUGAGUUCCCGCGAUGUGGUCCUGGAGGGAACAGUGCAUAUUGAGGGCAUUCUGACACGCAUCGUGGUUAAGCCCGAUCUUCCAGAGCCUCCUGCUCCCCCGCCGGCGAAGCGAAGGCCCUCUGCCAAACGCAAGAAGAGCUCAAAGCUUAUUGAAGAAGAACAGCAGCGUUUGGCUGAGGCGGCAAGGAUUUACGAGGAGAAGGUUAAUGCGGCCGUUGCGGCGGCACGGGAAGAGGAGGAAUACCGAAUGCAGUUCGCACAUCCUAAUCGUUGGCCCCACGUGGUAUUCUCUAAUAUGAAUUUUGCAGGUCAGGUAAUAGUUUCUCAUGCGCAUGUGACAUUCCGCAAUUGCUGCUUCUCCGCAAGUGGUGUAGACGUUACCCAGCUUCUGGUGACGCAGUAUUGUCAGGUUGAGUGCGUGAAGUGCACCUUCGAGUGUCCCGCAAAGGGUAGCGUGUACGGGUUUCCAAGGGGCAGGCUGAUCUUUCGGAAGUGCCUCUUUACGGGUAGCUCAGACGCGUUUUCUUCAGUGGAGCUCGACAAGGGCAAGGAUGGCAAGCUCCGGCCCAGGGCUGUGGGGCUGCACACCGACUGUUGCAGCGCACUGGUGGAGGAGUGUCAAUUCACGGAGUUGGAAACUGCCAUUCUCCUGCGUGGCUCACACCCUGACGGCACCGUCGAAAAGCCCGCGAUGGUGGUGCAAAAGUGCAAGGUGGACAACAUCUUCGGUACAGGUGUCGUUCUGGACAAUGUGCGCGGGGUGGAGCUGACGAAGAACAAAUUCUCAGGGUGUGAGUACUACUCGCUGGAUUGUGUCAAGGGCAAAGAUAUCCGCGUGUUGCAAAACACCUUCUACUCGGAGGUCCGCGUUCAGGAGCGUGCACAGGUGAAGCUGAUGCACAACAAGUGCGGAACUGUGCCCCUGGCUCUGAAGGAGGUUGACAACCCCAACUGGCAGCCGGUGUACUGA